CCCAUGCAGCGGGACGUCCUCAUCACGCUGGCAAAGCAGAGCAUCCUCUCCAAGCUCCGCUUGCCAGACAGGCCCAACAUCACCCAGCCCACGUCCAGGGAGGCCCUGCUGACGGCUCUCCGCAGGAUGCGUGUGCAGCGCGUGGACACGGCCACCUCCCCAGGGAUGUCCCAUGACGGCACCGUCCCACACCUGCGUUCUGGGAUACGUGUGCAGGAAUACGAGAUCUUGAGCUUUGCCGAGUCAGGAUCCUCCACCUCCCGCAGCGUUCGCCUGCAUUUCCGCUUCACCCAGGAGCCAGUUGGGAGCACUGAGAUCCUACAAGCCACCCUCUACCUGUUCUGGGCUGUCCCCAGCCCUGGGACGUACCCUGUCACUGUCAGACUCUUGCAGUCAGAUCCAACGGGGCUGAACAUGACCGUGGCCAGUGAGACACAGCUGGAGGUGCAGAGGACUGGCUGGGUCACACUGGAUGUGGGCCAAGCUGUCCAGAACCUCUUUGGACAAGGGAGCCAGAGACUCACUGUGGAGCUGGAGGUGACGGAGGACUGGGGGUCUCCCCUCCUGGCUGACCACCGUGAUUCCCACUGGCCAUUUGUGGCAGUCCAGGUCCGGGCCAGGAUGCCCCACCGGGUCCAGCGACGUGGCAUCAAUUGCAGUGGGGACUCUCGGAUGUGCUGCCGCAAGGAAUUCUUUGUGGACUUCAAGGAGAUCGGCUGGGAGGACUGGAUCAUCCAGCCAGAGGGAUAUCACAUGAACUACUGUGCAGGGCUCUGCCCUCUGCACAUGGCUGGCAUCCCUGGCCUCGCCGCCUCCUUCCACACAGCUGUCCUCAACCUCAUCAAAGCCAACAAUGCGGAUGCAGCCGUGGACUCCUGUUGUGUGCCCACACAGCGUCGCCCCCUCUCUCUGCUCUACUAUGACCGGGACAGCAACAUCGUCAAGACUGACAUCCCUGACAUGAUUGUCGAUGCCUGUGGUUGUACCUGA